UCGUCACAAAACCCUACGUAGCUUUAUGUCGUUCCUUUUCAUACCUAAAUACCUCUCCUGAACUGACUUCAACUACAUUUAAAACUGUUUGGUAUUAUGGAAAUGUACGUAACGUUUACUAACUGAGCUCAAGAGCUGCAGUCUUGAACGCGACUCAUGAAUCAUUGAAUGUUUACAUUACGAUGGUGACCGUAGUGGAACUGCUGAGUCUCCUGAUGGUGUCCGUGCUGUGGGGCUGCACCAACCCUCUCCUGAAGAGAGGAACGGUGGGGAUUGAGCAUGUCCAACACAACAACAGAGUCUCACAGCUGCUGGCUGAGGUCAAGUUUCUUUUCCUAAACGUCAAGUACCUGGUCCCCUUUCUCCUUAACCAGAGUGGCUCGUUGGUCUACUAUUAUACACUCUCCACCACAGAGAUUUCCCUCGCUGUUCCUGUGGCCAACUCUCUUACCUUCCUCUGCACUCUGCUCACCGGCAAGCUACUUGGUGAAGAGUUUGGAGGCAAACAGGCUGUCACAGGAAUGUUCCUCACCAUGGCUGGCAUCACGCUGUGUGUUAUAAGCUCCAUUAAUGACACAGACACUGUGAAGCAGAAUAUGACCCAGGCCAAACACUAACAAGGAUGAGGAUUAAAUACAAACUCUCACAUACUGUACCUUCAAAUUAUUCCUUUGAAGGGACAGAAAGUCCAAAGCAGAUUUGGAGCGGGACUAGAGGGGGCAAUUUAGAUUCUGAGAGCAACUCCUUAGAGCAACGGUUCUGGUGGGAAAAUGGUGCCUAAAUGAACUCAGUGUGAGCUUCAAAAGACCUGUCCUGAAGCUUUUACGCAAAGUUUAAGGGGAAUUGGGUUCAUGUGGGGUUCAACUCAAGACUAGACUAGAUUUAUGGGGCUUGCAUAGAAGUUGGUGGUUGUUAACUUUUACGUUUAAGUACUCUGCUGCCCCGCCAUGUGACUGGCAUCUGCAUAACUGCUGUAGAGACCACAUACAAAUAAGGCUGGGUUUUGAAAAUGAACCAAUUAGAUGUAACCUUCUCGUUUAAAUGGGACAUUUUACUGCGGACUCCUUCUGUUUGGGAAAGAGCAGGACACAGGAGAGAACAAAUAGCUGUUUUUGCCCGAGGAUAAAAUGGUUAUUCAUUUACUUAUUAUCUGAGUAAGAUAUUGUGAAGGAGCAUUUACAAAACGGUUUGUUGUUUCAUAGUGAGUUACCUUGUUGCAUGCUCUGAAAAUAUGUCUGAAGAAGUUAUACAGAUUUGAGAAACAGUAAUGUUCAUAGUAAUAUACAUUUUUUUAUUGUUACAGUAUUUGAUUGACACAAAACUCUGUACAGAUUAUGGAAUGUGGCUGGUAUUUUAUUAAUAAAUUGUUGGCAAAGCAUA